AUGCUCAAUGGGUCAAGCCCCCAGGCUGGAAAGAUAUGGAAGAAGGCCCAACUAACCUUCCUAAUUGAUGGCAAACGUAUGACAGAAACCUUCUUGGUCUGUAAUACUGGGUCACAUGCUGCUAUUUUAGGAAUUAAAUGGCUGGAACACCAUAAUCUGGAAAUUGAUUGGAAUGCCUGUACAUUGUUCUUCCCUCAUAAACCCCCUGAAUAUGUGGCUAUUGCCAAGGAAGAGGAAGCAGACAAGAACCCCCUUGAAGGAGUACCCCCAGAAUACCACCAAUAUGCCAAGGUGUUUGGGGAGGAAGAAUUCAACAAACUCCUGCCUCAUUGGCAUUACAACAUUGGGAUCAAGCUUAUGGAAGAAGGCCCCCUCAACUCACCCCUCUAUAGCAUGACCAAUGCCAAAUCUGCUAUGCUUAAGGACUGGCUCAGGGACAAGUUGAAAGCUGGGAAGAUCUGUCCUAGCAAAUCCUCCAUUAGCUCCCUGGUAAUGUUUGUGCCCCAGAAGGAUGGUUCCUGUUGCCUGGUUGUCAACUACCAGCGCCUAAAUAACCAGACAAAGAAAAAUGUUUACCCAUUACCUUGCCCUGACAACCUUAUGGCCCAGCUCUGUGGUGCCAAGAUCUUCACUAAAUUAGACCUGCAAUGGGGUUACAACAACGUCCAAGUCAAAGAAGGUGACAAAUGGAAGACUGCCUUCCAAACAAAAUACAGAUUGUACAAAUCCUUAGUCAUGACCUUUGGCCUUACCAAUGCCCCUGCCUUGUUCCAACACUUCAUGAAUGAACUAUUUAAAGACCUGUUGGAUGUUUGCAUCAUCAUCUACUUAGAUGACAUCUUGAUAUAUUCCAAAGAUGAUGCAUCCCACUUGCAACAUGUUCAUGAAGUACUACAGCAGCUAAUGGAAAACCAGCUCUUCUGCAAAGCGUUGAAAUGCACCUUCCACAUCACCUCUGUGGAAUACCUGGGAAUAAUUGUCUCUGACAAAGGUUUUAGCCUGGAUAAGCUCAAAAUUCAAGCUGUCCAAGAAUGGCCAGUUCCAACCAAGGUAAAGGAAGUACAGUCCUUCCUUGGUUUUGCAAAUUUCCUAUGCCGCUUUGUUGCAAACUUCAGCCACAUGGCCUGGCCAUUACAUGACCUGGUCAAGAAGGAUACACCUUGGAAGUGGGACACAAAAGAGCAGGAGGCCUUCCAGGAACUAAAGGAUGCCAUUACCAAUGCUCCUGUACUUUGCCACACAAACCCUGCCAAACCAUAUUUCCUGGAGACAGACGCAUCUGGCGCUGCCCUAGGUUCCAUACUCAGUCACUGCCAAGAGGAUGGAUGUCUACACCCCCUAGGUUUCCUUUCCAAGUCAUUCAAGGGUGCCAAACAGAAUUAUGAUACGCACAACAAGGAGUUACUUGCUAUCAUAAGAUCCUUUGAGUACUGGCAUAUCUUCUUGGAAGGAACAGAACACCCUGUUACAGUAUUUAUGGAUCAUUGGAACUUAGAAUACUGGAAGGAAUCCUGGAGGUUUAAUUGCCACCAUGCACAAUGGCACCUUCUACUAGCUGGGUAUAACUUCCAAAUUCAAUCAGACCAUGCCAACAUUCCGCCAGAACCCCAAUCCAUGCUCCCAGACCCCUUAUUUGCCAACAUUGCACUAGUCAUGCCUGAAAAGGAACUACAACACCAGAUUGAGUCAUCAUUAGACCAAGAUGAAUCUCUGGAAGAAAUUUUGCAAUUCCUACAGAACAAAUCAAAGGCUCCACCAUCCAUCAAGCAUGCCUUUAGAGACUACCAAACAGAGGAGGGUCUAUUGUUCUACCAAGGAAGAAUUGUAGUCCCUGAUGUAGGUACCCUGAGAACAGACCUACUUCAGAUCUUUCACAAUAGCCCUCUGGCUGGGCACCCUGGCAGGCAACAGACCCUGGAAUUGAUAUCAUGCAGUUACUAUUGGCCAGGCAUAUGGGCCAACACCUACUGGCAUGUUGACUCUUGCAAGAUCUGUCAACGCAUCUGCAAGCCUAAGUAUGCUCCCAUUCCCCCACAACCACUUGAACUUCCAUCAUGGCCCUGGCAGCACAUCUCCUACAACAUGAUUGUAGAUCUACCCAAAGAUGGCAACCAUGACUCCAUACUCAUAAUUGUGGACAGUUUUACCAAAUAUGUCAUUUUGGUGGAAUGUUCCAAGAAGCUCAAGGUGCCAGAACUGGCAGACCUUUUCCUACGCCAUGUUUGGAAGAAGUACAGGAUGCUGGAGAAAACUGUCUCAGACCAAGGACAAGUAUUCAAUAACAAGUUCCUUAAGGCUCUGUACCAACACCUUGGGAUAGACCCCCAUUACUUGUUGGCCUACCACCCACAGAGCAAACACUUCUUAAGGGCAUACUCUGGAAUCAAUCAAGGGGACUGGGUCAAAUGGCUUCCCAUGGCAGAAUUUGCUUACAACAAUGUGGUACACAAUGCAACUGGGAAAACCCCUUUCAAAGCCCUACAUGGGUGGGAACCCACACUAAUGCCAAGCAAUGUGCCUACAAACGUACCUGAAGCAGAUGAUCUGGCCACCCAAAUGGAGUCACAAUGGAAGGAAAUUGAAUUGGCUCUCCGGCUAUCUAAGUCACAAAUGAUAGCCAGAGAAGAAGGAAGCCCACUUGAGUUCAAAAUUGGGGAAGAAGCAUGGCUAGAUGCCAGGAACCUCAAACUCAAAACCCUGAGCCCAAGAUUACCAAAAAAAGGAAGAGACAACAAAAGGGCCUGUGAAAACAGACCACUGCCAGUAACAAUUGAUGGGGAGAAAGAAUACAAGGUAGAAGGUAUAACAGACAUGAAAAAACAAGACAGAAAAUGGUUCUUCAGGGUAAAAUGGAAGGGCUAUGGAUCAGAGGAGAAUACCUGGGAACCAAGGGAAAACCUCAAAAAUGCCAAAAAAAUCCUGAAAAAAUUUGAAAAGGAUAUGAAAGAAAAGGCCCUUGGUGCUGCCAAGGCCCUUAGAGGGGGGGCAGUGUUGUAG